GCACUAUUCAAUUCCUCCUUACACACUCACAACUGAACACCUUCACGAUUGCGCCACGCUCGCCUCUCACGACUCCGUUCCGCGGUCUCAAUUCAAGUCCAGCCCCAACUCUGCAUGCAGCAGGCUUCGAGUGCGCAUCGAGCUCAUUUCACUCGUGGCUGGACACUGCACAGUUGCUGCUACGGCACUGUGACCAGCGAAAAGGGGAUCAUCCGCACACUUUGGCUACCACCCCCAUUCAGUCCAUCCAUCCUUCAAUUGAAUCAUCACUCGCCCAGCCUCACUCUCGAUAAUCACGUGUAUUCAAUCAGGUUUGAGGACCGUUUAGACCGCACACGUAUCUUACCCGCUGCCCCCCAACGAGGUGACCAAGCUCGUAUGCGCAGCGCUGACAUCAUCGACACUCCAGUAAAUACGGCAAGGUCGCCACGAGCGCUUCGGCGUUCAUCUUGGGUGUACCGCUGCAUGAAUCGACAAGAGCGUUAGAGGCGCAUCUUUACGUCUCUGGCUACACAGCUACACGCCACGCCAGCCCAUCAUUGCCAUAUAUCCCCAAGUCUUCGAAGCUGCGCACAUCCAAAGAGGAAAUUGCAUAGAUAUAGGCUGCACUUCCUGCAACUUCUGCUUCAUUGGCUUACUCGGCCCCACACACCACCCUUCGUGUAAGCUCCUCGCCAGCAAAGCGGGCCCCGGAUCAACCCGGCACGUCCAUUCGAAUCGAGCACGCGC